UUUACCAAAAAUGGCCGCUGAUGCCGACAUAGUCAGAAUAACGUAUAAAGAACUAGAAACAGUUUCUAGUUCAGUUGCAGCUGAACAACACGAGAUUAAAGAGUUCAAUUCAAAAGAUGAAAACAAUUCAAAGAAGAAAGAAGACCAAAAGAAACGUCCUGAAGUUGGGUUGUACAAACCUCCCCACAAAUGCAAGCCUGAAACUGUACAAGGAGAGAGAGAUGGUGGUGGCAAGAAGUCUGGAGGAACGAGAGAGAACUGGGAGGAGGAGCUGCUGGCAUCACCGACUGACAACUCCUCCAAGGAAAGCAGCGAAGACAGAGAGGUGAGAGAUGCAGCACAGAAAAAACCUGGCAGGAGAAGCGAGGAAGGUAAAAAGAGGGUGAAGAAACCAGAAAUGCAGAGGUAUGUCCCUAAAGGAAGACUCCUAGAACAACAGGAUACCAGCAGAGAGGGUUCUGUAGAACCAGAUACACAGAUCUCAAUGCAAACAUCUGUCUCAAAUUCUAAACCAGUCUCUAGUCCAGGUCAGACGUCGAGUUCAAACUCACCGUCACCGAGAAAGAUUGAUAUGAAAACUUUUCAAGUCACAGUUGUUAAUGAUAAACUUGGUGGUGCAAAUCGAGAUAUUGAGUCUCCAGAGAAAACAAUUGUCGACAAUAUUCUUAAUUCAAGUCCAGAUGAUGUUGAAAGAUUUAAAGGUAAAGGGCAGAAUUCACAGGCAAGAGGUCGUGGCCAGAAAUUCAAUCAAAAGCCAAAUAGACAAAAUGAAGGGAAAAGUGCUAGGAAUCCAAGACAAAAUCAGCAUGAGCCUAGAAAAACAAGAGAUGAUCCAAGCAAAAACAAGAAUAAAGAUGAUUUAAGUAAGAAAGAUAUAAAAAGAGAUCAAGAUUUAUACAUUGUACCAUCAAGACCGAGUACGAUUGGUCAGGAGGCGGACAGGAAGGACACUGCACCGGUCGGCAGGGAAAACAAUGAACAAAAGGUACAUGAACAUGGUAACGCGCCUCCACAAGUAGUGAGUGUGGUGAAUGAAGAGAAAAGGUUCACUAAGACCCCAAACAAGAACAAGUCUCGGUCUUAUGACAAGUUGAACAAAGCAGAGAGGUGGGGGGAGGAGGAGGAGGGAUAUUUUCCAGACCCACAAAACCUUGGAACCAUGGUGUUUGAACGCAGUAGAAGUUCAGAACAGCUCAACCUCUCAGGUCGAAACACAGGGAAACCCCCUAUGCCAAGGAGUACUUCUGGAGGUUUUGGAGCGGGGAGGGGUCAGCGGAAAUAUGGGGGGCUCAGGAAGAGAACAGAUAGCUUCAGCAGCGACAUCAGUGGUGGUACAGGGAGUGACUGGAGCACAGAGGAGCUGGACUUUGACAAAGACAUUGAUGACUCUAGCCAUAUAGACUGGAACGAGGAUGUAGAGCGUGAACUUGCACUUCAGGUUCAGGAUGAGACCCAGAAGAUGAAUGAGUGGUUUGAGCGUCAGGAGCAAGGCCUGUCUCAGAAGAAUGGGCCCGGAGACCAGACAAACAAAGCCCGGGACGGGGUCAUGACCUCUAGCAUCCCAGGCUACCAGAGCACCUUCGUUGCUAAGUCUACAGGCAUGACACAGGAGAAAUCUAACACCCUGCCCUUUACAAGGAGAAAACACACCACAGCUGCUACUGAAGAUCCAAGGGGCAGACAGGCAAACAGACGUAGAGGUUCUCUAGGUUUUCGAAGUCGUGACUCCAGUGUGUCUAGCGUACACAGCGUCCAAAGUGUUCACAGUGUGCAGAGUGCGUACAGUGGAGACGGGAGACGGAGGCGUCGCAGGAGGAGAAAGAGUGGUUCCCAGCAUGGAGGCUCCCAGCAUGGUGGCUCAAUGGAACUCAUGAACAUACAGGUCACAUGUGGGGGUAAAAGAGAGGUUAAAGUAGAUGAUUAUGGAGGACGACAAAGCAAUUUUAGUAGACAAAACUCCCAUGAAGGGCAGUACAGGCGUGGCAGUGUGGAUGAUGGGUGGAGGGAGAGGGCAGUGGAGGAUAGAGGCAGGGGGAGGGGGCAUAGAGGGGGUGGAAGGGGCAGGGGGUUUGACAAAAGGGGAUCCCAUGAGAAGCUUGAUGAUGUGUAUCAUGGAAGGAACAAAUGGGAGAAGGAUGAUAGACAGCCUAGGCCUGGGGGUGGAGGAGUCAGGGAUGGGGACAGUCAUAGGGGUAAGGAUAGGGAUCACCACAGAGGGAAGAGGGAUGACUUUGACAGAAAUAGGCAAAAUGAGCCUCAAAGAGGAAACAGAGAUCAACAAGACUCUCAGAGGAGAGACUAUCAAGGAAGAGGGAGAGGUAGGGGAAAUGAUCGUGAUGUGUACAACAGGACAGACAACAGAAGGGAAGACAACAGGGGCAGAAGGAAUGAAACAGAAAGUGAAAGUAGGGAUAAGUAUGAUUCUAGAAACAAAGAUCAGAGAGAAUAUGAGGACAAAUAUGGGGAGUAUGAUGGAGGCCAGGACAGUCAUUCAUCCCAACCUCAUCGAGGUGGACUUUUACAUCUGCCCACCCAACAGACCUCAGAACAAAACCAACAACCUCAAAGAGGACAUCUGGAACAUCAGGUCAACUGGAAUCGUGGCCAAACUCCGGAAAAGCCUCACCAUCCUUUCAAUAGAGAAAGGCAGAACUCAAGUUCCAACUCAGGGCCUGUGAAUGUCCACAGUAGAGAGAGGCAUGGCUCAGGUCCUGGUAGGCAAAAGACCCUGUUUGACCCAAACAACCCCAGCAAACCUAUAGUGAUAGACGAAGCCAAGUCGAGGCUGGAGUUUAAGGACACAGACUCCUACCCAUCCUCCCCCCAAUCCCCACAGUAUAUAGGAGGGACCCCACCUCCUUUAGAUGCUUACAGCAGGGGAUAUGGCCAGUUCCUUCCUCCAGCCCCAGGGCCAGGGUAUAACUAUGGUUACAAUAUGCCCCCCAUGCCAGUACAGGGUAUGAUGCCCCCGGGCAUGUUCUACCCCUAUCAGGGGCCCAUUCCCCCAUACAGAGGAGAGGAGGUGUAUGAUCAAUAUCAGCAGGGAGGUGUGGAUGCCAGUGUGGUCCCUCGAGGACGGUCCCAGGCCCAGAUGAUGGCAGAGCAUCUGCUAAGAGAGGCCUUACCCCUUGAGAAACAGCUCAACACACUCAUAGCCCGCCGCAUACACGGGGAUGACACACUUCAUAUGAUACAUCAACUCAGGCGGGAGAUCCUGGUUCGGUGUGAGAGGAUAGUGAUGAUUGACCCGGAGCUUUCCAAUGACAAAAACGUGGAGCAGCUGUUGUGGAAGUCUGUGUUCCACCAGCUUGUUGAGGUCACGCGAAAACAGCUUGCAGAUGAUCACUCUGAGGACACACGUGUCUCACUGCAUAAGAUACUGGAUGAGGGCACUACAUUCUACGAAAAUCUGUUGGGGAAGCUACAGAAGACAUUUAACUUCAACCUUGAACACAUCCUGGAUGCCAAACAGCUCCCACCAGAGAACCUUGGCCGGACGAUCAAGCUGGCCCUUCUCAGUGUUCAGAGGUCCCUCAUCUGUCUCGGAGACAUUGCACGCUACAAGGAACAGAGCUUGGACACAGGCAAAGUCAACUAUGCCAAGGCCAGAAACUGGUACACAAAGGCUCAACAGAUUGCUCCUAAGAAUGGAAGACCAUACAACCAGCUGGCUAUACUUGCCUUGUAUACAAAGCACAAGCUGGAUGCGGUGUAUUUCUACAUCCGGAGUCUGGCAGCCAGCAACCCCUUCCUCACAGCCAGGGAGAGUCUUAGGAGCCUCUUCAAUGAGGCCAGGAAAAAGGCUGAAGUCACGGAACAGAAGCGUUUUGAGGAAAAGAAGAAAGAGGAAUCACACCGACAGAAGCGUACAGAGUUUGAGCACCGCGUGGAGAUCUGGGUUCACAAUGAUGGCUCCAGUAGUAAGGACGACGUCAAUGAUAGUUACAUGGAGGAUCUCAAAAAACUGGAUGCCAUACAGUUGAACAAAAGAUUUGUGCUGAGUUACCUUAAUGUACAUGGAAAGCUCUUCACAAAGAUUGGGAUGGAGAUGUUUGGUGAUGUCUGUGGCCAGAUGCUGCAGGAGUUCCAGGUCCUACUCAAGGACAAUGCUAUCGGACCCCACAGGCUCCUUCAGCUUCUUGCCAUCAACAUGUUUGCAAUAGAAAACACUGCACUUAAAGAUGAGUCCCUGGAGUCAAUGUGCAAGUCUCUCGUGCAGCAGCAGGCUGUACAGAUGUCCUUGGACAUGUUCGGGAUCCUACUGGAGCAGUGUUGGGGCCUGUUGGUCGCCCAUAUCGCCUCUGCGGACUACCCGGGCCGCAUGUUCUCCCGGGAGCUGGAGGAGCUUAUCCCCGGAGUGAAGGUGUGGACAGACUGGAUGAUCUGUCACACUGACCUCUGGAAUCCUCCCCCACAAGUCAGGGACCCUGCUCUAGGACCGAAGAUAGAUGUGUGGUCAAGUGUUGCUCAUAUGUACAACACACUGAUGGAGAUGGACACAUCGGACAUUGUCAAGUUUCACACAGAGAGACAGGAGGGUCUUGUACCAGUGGUCCUCUCAGAGGAUGUGACGAUGGCCGGAUUUGUUCCGCUCCUGGGAAAGGCUAACAUCAACUCUUAUGUUGACAUGGAUGUGGACCAGGACAUGGCUAAGGACUGUCUACGAGUGGAGAAGCUACGCGUGUUUGGUGCGUACCUGUACGGCAUGGAGAGACCCAUGUUGGAGUACUGUGGUAAAACCAAGAAGUACUACAGCGUGGCACCCUCCGAUGGCUUUGAGAAGGAAGAGGAAGAUCUAGUCAAGGGAGAUAAUGAGGACACUGGGGAGGAAGCUGAUGUGGUGAUAGAGGAUGAGGAAGAGGUGUGCAUGGAGGCAGAGGGAGACCAUCAUGUGCAAGAGUUACGUGUGCGACGUGAGGAGCUUCAGCGUAGGGUUCAUGAGAAACAACGAAUACAGGAAAAUAGAAAUAACGUGCUGGAGAAGAACAAGCACCAUAUUAUAGAGAUUGAGAUCCGGCCCAUCUUCCUGAUCCCUGACACCAACUGCUUCAUUGACCACCUGCCCAGCAUGCAGAGACUCAUAGCAGCCGAACAGUACACCAUAGUCAUACCUUUAGUUGUGAUCAAUGAGCUGGACGGGUUGACCCAGGGUUCCCGACAGGGUGGUGGGCGGCAGUUUGAGAGUGAAGAUCAUGCCCACAAGGUGAAGACACGGGCCCAGCACACCAUUGCAUACCUGGAGCGGGAGUUUGAGAAGAAACACCCACACCUGAAGGCCCUCACAUCCAAGGGUUCUGAGAUGGAGACUAUUGCAUUCCGGAGUGAAGAGACCGACUCCUCUGGUAACAAUGAUGAUCUCAUCCUCUCCUGCUGCUUCUUCUACUGUAAAGACAAAGCCAGAGACUUCAUGCCAAAAAGCAAGGAUACGCCAGUCCACCUGUAUAGAGAGGUGGUGCUGCUCACGGAAGACAGGAAUCUUCGGCUCAAGGCCCACACCCAUAACAUACCAGUCAAGGACAUCCCAGCAUUCAUCAAGUGGAGUGCCCCUACCUGAUCCAGCCUGUCACCCUUGAUCACAAUGGAUUCACCCAGCUUUCCCCAAGAGCUGCUGUUGCUAGGCAGGAGUUACUCCCUUGGAUGUGUUAAGUUACUUGGAAGUCCUUAUGUUACUUCUUUACAUAAGGGGAUCAUGAAUAUACGCUCUGUUCUGGUUCAUCAGCAUUCCAUGUGGAAGUCAGUAGAAACUGGAAUGUCUGAACGUAGGACAUUUGUGAUGAACGUUUUUAUAGAAGUGCUUUAUAACCCAAUGAAAAACUGCCUUAGUUUGAUUACCCAUUAAGUGACCUUUAAAUAGAUGUGUUAAUGUUAUGAUUUGUAAUACCUAGUGAGUAUUCUGAUAAGGUGUGUUUGGAUCCCUUGUGUUUUGAAAGAUAUAAUGCCAGUACUAACAGUGCUAUAAAAUGACCUGUCUUUUAACAAUGAAUGUAUUACUAAAGAUUCCUUUAGAUUGAUUAGAGAGCUCCACUUCUUUAACUGUUUUCUUAUGAGAGGAUGACUUUGAUCUCAGUUAUAUGUUACAUCUCUUACAUUUUAUUGUUUGUGUAGGUUGAAACUUUUAGUUUGCUUGUCUUUAUCUUCUUAAAAUAUGUUAUGAAAUACACAUUUUUUUGAGGCAAAGGUUUUCUUUAUGUUACUAAAUGUUCUUGCCCAUCAGUACGAUACAUGUAAUACUAAGUGCUUGGUAUUGUGUUUUUAUAUAGUCUAUAAAGUAGAGGUUUUCUGUGGCUGUACGACACACUACAAUUAUAUGUGGUGUGUUUGGCAAUAUCAAACCAAUGCAUGCUCCGACAUUUAAUGCUCUUUUUGCACUCAUCUGACGAACAUAAGUACUUUUUCAAGACCUUUAAUACAGAAAGGAAAAACUAUUCCAUCUUUUAUUUUAUGUAAAUAUAAUCAGACCAGUGAAUUGUAAAUUUUAUUGGCAAUUGUUUUAAAUUGUUGUGAAUAAAUUUUAAGAUGUACAUAUUGCCAGAAGCCAAGAUUAUAAUGCCGGUUCUGCUUUCCUGACACUGUAUACCCAUAAGUUAUAGCUAUUUGGUUACUGACAAAUUCUUCUCCUUUUCAAUGGUAUUUGUUUAAAAAAAAUGAAUCUUUUUCAUUAGCCAUACUUUAUGUAAAAAGUGCACAUUUUCUUCUUGAAACAUUUUCAGCUUAUCUGAGUUGUCAUUGUAAAAUCUGUUUUAAAUUAUAGUGAAAGACUACUGGUAUUUUGUUAUGUACUGGUAAUUCGUAGUUAUGGGGGGGGAGCUAUAGAGAAAGAAUUUCUGUUGAAAAUACUGAAAUAUCAAAUAAAUAUGCAUAUCACAUAAGAUGCUUGAUUCUACUAUUUAUUUUUACCUUAAAAUUAUUGUGACCUCUUUCAAAAAAAUAAAUGAGAACUGUCGAAUGUACAUGAGUGUUAUUUGACCUUAUUAUAGCUUAUUAUGCUUCAAGUGUGUCAACUUCAGAAGUAUGAACCUUCAUGUUUUGAAAGUCUAUUAGCUGAUAGAAUAUAAUGUAAUGAUUACACGUGUGUUAAAAAUUAAUUGAAUAUAUUGCAUUAUGCAGUAACAUGUCAUAUGAUUCUCAAUAGCUUAUUUGUUAUUUUGAUUUGGUGCAAUAAUAAAAUGAAUAGAACUGUA